AAAUGAGCUUAAAAUACAAAAUCUGUGGCUUUUCAACGACAAAUCAAUAUUUAACAGUGUCUAAUAACAUCAAUCACCAUGAAAGGACAAAAAUUAUCAUGGAAACGUUAUUCAUCAUGUGUCACCUUAAAUCAUUGUUUAUUAACAUUUUUGAUCGUUAUUUCAUGUGUCAAUUAUUCCCAUGGUUUUUGGGAUUGGGUGCCUUUCUGGUCAUCAGAAGAGGAUGCUCGUCCAACUGUGAUUUGUGAUGCCGAUGAGUUUAGUUGCGACUCGAAAAGGUUGUGUAUUAAAUGGUUUUCGCUUUGUGACAAACUCGUUGAUUGUGAUGACAAAUCAGAUGAGCUUCUAUGUGAAAGAGUAGGUUAUCUUCCUGAACAUUUAGGUUGUAACAAAGGCGAAUGCCCUCGAUCAUACAAACGAGACCCAACUCCACCUCAAUGUACUGAUGUUAAAAAUAUAGAAUGUAGACAUCACAGGGAAAAUGUACCUUUGCUCGUCUUUUCAACACUGAAUACCUUGCAUGAGACUAGUUUACCAGAAGAUCGUUCAAAAAUACAUGUGAACAAGAUACGUCAAUUAAAUUUGAGUGGAAUAAGUGCUUUUGAUUACGAUAAUUUCAACGAUGCUGUAAUUUGGUUAGAUAAGAGUGAAAAUAAGAUAUUCGUGGCACGAUUUAACGUUAGCCCAGGAUUAGAUGAGAUGAAAAUCCAUGAGCGUCAAGUAGCUGUUAAUGGGACACAUAAAAUUCAUGUAUUUGUUUAUGAUUCGUUGAACAAAGUUAUAUUCUGGAUUGAUGACUAUGGAAUCAGAUCAGAAAAUUUGCUUAAAAUGUUCCGUAAGACACAACAAAUUGAACAGCAACCUAAACUUCUGCGUACUUUGGAUCCUUCUUAUGAAAGACCUGGAUCUAUCACUAUCGAUGUCAAGAAACAGUGCAUCUUUUGGAUGAAUAUUCCUGUCAAUCCAGACAGGCCUUUUGCUACUCCUAUAUUCAUCGAGCGAAUCGAUAUAAGUGAUGAACCGAAAACCGAAAAAAUAGUCAAAGGCGAGUUCGAACCCAAAUGGAACUACCCGCUUGGCUUAGCCAUUGACACUAAAAACACCAAAGUCUAUUGGAUUGAUUUAAGGGGUACGGUAAACUCGGUUGGAUAUGAUGGAACCAAUCGUAUCAUUUGGUAUAGAAAUUUAAACCGAACGUUUGAACUUAUAUCAAUGGACAUAUUUUCAAAUUAUUUGUACUUCACUGAUAAACCGCGAAGUAAAAUCCAUCGUAUCAAUUUAAACAAUGGAGUCAGUAAAGCUGAUACUUUGGUAUCUGUACCUAAUGACCCACCUACACGGAUUAAAAUAGUUGACCCGAGAGUACAAUUUACGAACUUUGCUCCCAUUCUAAAGGGUGGAGCAAAAGCAGAGUCACAAAUUAUUGAUCCGAUUAUCUUGCCUGAAUUUUGGCCACGUUAAGCUGAAUACUCGAAAAGGUCAACAACUCUUAGACAAAUGUGUGAUUUCACCAAAAUACGGACUAAUAUAUCGAAAAAAAUUGCCGAAAGCUCCGGCAAAAAUCUUAUGUUCGACUUGAAGAAAAAUUACGUGAAGUAUCGAGAGAUGGGCCAUUUUCAAUAAUUAAAUAACCAACUUGUAGCUUGAUUUCAGCAAUAUCAUUCAAUAAAAAUCCAUCGAAUUGCCUGUUUUCAUUAUCUUAUUAUUAUUAAUAAAUCUUCAUUUACAUUGUAAUGACCUUUCUUUUCCCUGCUCAAAGGAAUUUGAUUCAUGUAUUUAAGAGACUAAUUAAAAAUGAAAUUUAUUGCUCAAA